AUUGCUUUUAACAAGAUGGAACGCUGGAAAGGCAGAGUGGCUCUGGUGACCGGGGCUUCGGUGGGAAUUGGUGCGGCCAUUGCCCGGGCUUUAGUCCAGCAUGGUAUGAAGGUGGUAGCCUGUGCUAGGAAUGUGGAUAAAAUAGAGAAACUGGAGGCUGAGUGCCAGAGUGCUGGUUAUGCUGGAACACUAUUCCCUUACAAAUGUGACCUGUCCAUUGAAGAGGAGAUUCUUUCAAUGUUUUCUGCCAUCAAGACCCUUCACCAAGGAGUGGACGUAUGCAUCAAUAAUGCUGGCCUUGCUCAUGCGGAGCCACUUCUUUCAGGCAAAACAAAGAACUGGAGGAAUAUGAUAGAUGUGAACAUUCUGGCUCUUUCAAUUUGUACCAGGGAGGCCUAUCAGUCUAUGAAGGAGCGGAAUGUUGAUGAUGGUCACAUUAUAAAUAUUAAUAGCAUGUCUGGCCAUAGAGUGGUGCCUCAGUCCUAUCUACACUUCUAUUCAGCAACCAAGUAUGCAGUUACUGCACUGACAGAGGGCCUCCGCCAGGAACUAAGAGAAGUCAAUAACCACAUAAGAGCUACAGCUAUAUCUCCAGGUUUGGUGGAAACAGAAUUUGCUUUUCGACUGUACAAAAAUGAUCCAGAAAAAGCAGCGGCUACUUAUGAAAAUCUCAGAUGUUUAAAGGCUGAAGAUAUAGCUGCUGCUGUUAUUUAUGUACUUAGUGCCCCUCCAUAUGUACAGAUUGGUGACAUCCAGUUGAGGCCAACAGAACAGAUAUCCUAGUAACUGAACCAGGAAAAAUUUGUACUAAGUAGAACACUCAGAAGAAAAAAGCAAGUAUAUAAUGUGUCCUGAAGUUUUACAUAUGGGAAUUAAAUAGCCUGUUUUGUCAACAGAAUGCCCAUAUUCCAGCCCACCUGCUUCUCAAAUAGCACAAAACAGCAAUCAGAUUGGUUUUGGAUUUACCGUAUAGCAUAUCUGGAGAGAUGUUUUUAUUUAUUUUGUACUUAUCAAAAAUCAGUUUGAUUUUGCUUUGGAGUGAUGGAUGAUUAUCAUCAAUGUAUGUUAGUUUUGUUUUUAUUGUUAAUUACGCUAUUAACUGUUUCUGACUGUUAGGAGCUGAAAGAUUUUUUGGAGUGAAUUCUAGCACAAUAGCUCUGAUAAUAAUCCCAUUUGGGGUUAAAAAGCUUAUGUUUAUGGCUAUGAUGACUUCAAGAAUUCUAGCAUCUCUUUUUCAUUUUUCUUAACAAAUAUUUUUUUAUUAAUCAAUUUCUACAUAUUUUCCAUGGUUGUUUCAGUUUUGACAUUUUUACAGUUUUCAAGAGUUUUGCGGCCGAUUUAAAAAAAAAAAAAGUUAUGCUAAUUAUUGUCUUUUAAACACUUAUUAUAUUAGUUUCAGGAGGUAGAAAACAUUAACCACACCAUCUAUUAAUACUGUAAUAAUUUUGCCUGAAGAUAAUUUUAUAAGGUAGAAUACAGUGUUGGGUCCAAUUUGUUAUUAGAUUUUUAUAAUGUGAGUCAUACAAUUGUGCUCAAUGGCCACUUUAUCAAGUACACCUAUCUAGCAAUAGGCAAGACACCCUUUUGCCUAUAGAACAGAGUGAAUUCUUAGAGGUAUGGAUAUAAAAUGUCACUGCAAGAAUUACUUAGCGAUUAUGGCUCUGUGGUUC